GUCCAAACCAUGGGAGGCUCCUCUCCUAGACUCUGCAUCCUGAAAGCCGCGUACCUAACAGCCUGCCAUCUGGUUGCAGGGACACACCCCCGGGGGAGGAGCUGCAAUCGUGUCUGGGGCCCCAGCCCAGGCUGGCCGGAGCUCCUGUUUCCACAGCUCUGCUGCCUGCCUGGGGUACCAACAUGGCCCAGAAGCCUCCUGCCUGCACCCUGCAGCCCGAGUGUGUCCAGCAGCUGCUGGUUUGCUCCCAGGAGGCCAAGAAGUCAGCCUACUGCCCCUACAGUCACUUUCCCGUGGGGGCCGCCCUGCUCACCCAGGAGGGGAGAAUCUUCAAAGGCAGGGUCUCUCUCUGCCGCCCAGACUGGAAGUGCAGUGGUACAAGCCUAGCUCACUGCAGUCUCAAACCCCUGAGUUCAAGCGAUCCUUCUGUCUUAGCCUCCCAAGUAGCUGGGACUACAGGGUGCAACAUAGAAAAUGCCUGCUACCCUCUGGGCAUCUGUGCUGAACGGACCGCUAUCCAGAAGGCCGUCUCAGAAGGGUACAAGGAUUUCAAGGCAAUUGCUAUCGCCAGUGACAUGCAAGAUGAUUUUAUCUCUCCAUGUGGGGCCUGCAGGCAAGUCAUGAGAGAGUUUGGCACCAACUGGCCCGUGUAUAUGACCAAGCCGGAUGGUACCUAUGUUGUCAUGACGGUCCAGGAGCUGCUGCCCUCCUCCUUUGGGCCUGAGGACCUGCAGAAGACCCAGUGAUAGCCAGAGAAUGCCCACCGCCUGUGACAGCCACCUGGAGAACUUCAUAAAGAUGUCUCACAGCCCUGGGGACACCUGCCCAGUGGGCCCCAGCCCUACAGAGGCUGGCAAAGAUGAUGUUUCCAAAUUACACUCCAGCCCAGGCCAGCACCCCUCCUAGCAACCUACCUUGGGACUUAGAACCCCACCCCACACCCCCAGCCACCUUGCCUUUCCUUCCUGUGGGUCCUCUUUCAAAGUCCAGCCUAGUCUGGACUGCUUCCCCAUCAGCCUCCCCAAGGUUCUGUCCUGUUCCGAGCAACUUUUCUAAUUAUAAACAUCACAGAACAUCCUGAA